UCCCUUUCCCCUGUGAGAAGCAGGGACCUUGCAGGAGGGACCAUGGAGCACGGCAGCAGCCGCUUGGAGGAUUUCCCUCUCAAUGUGUUUUCGGUCACUCCUUACACACCCAGUACCGCUGACAUCCAGGUGUCCGACGACGACAAGGCGGGGGCCACCUUACUCUUCUCAGGCAUCUUUCUGGGACUAGUGGGGAUCACGUUCACCGUCAUGGGCUGGAUCAAAUACCAAGGCGUCUCCCAUUUUGAAUGGACCCAGCUCCUUGGGCCCAUCCUGCUGUCAGUCGGGGUGACGUUCGUCCUCAUUGCUGUGUGCAAAUUCAAAAUGCUCUCUUGCCAGCUGUGCAAAGAAAGUGAGGAAAGGGUCCUGGACUCGGAACAGACAUCAGGAGGACAAUCCUUUGUAUUCACCGGCAUCAACCAACCCAUCACCUUCCACGGGGCCACUGUGGUGCAGUAUAUCCCUCCUCCUUACAGUUCUCAGGAGCCGAUGGGGAUGAACACCUCCUACCUGCAGCCUGUGGUGAACCCCUGUGGUCUCAUACCCUCUGGAGGAGCAACUGCCACCAUGCCAAGUCCCCCUCAGUACUACACCAUCUACCCUCAAGACAAUGCUGCGUUUGUGCAGGGCGAGGACUGCCCUUCUUUCGUGGAUGGUGGAAAUGACAGACGCAGCCCUGACGCUGACCAGCUAGAAGACACACAGCUGGAAGGGGACUGUGCACGCUUCUCACCUCCACCCUAUGAGGAAAUAUACACUCUCUCCCGCUAG